ACGGCGAGCCGAACCACUUCAGGUCCACCAAAUGAACAAGAGUCAGAGGCUGCUCGACCAAAGGAGACCGUCCUCAAAGCGUGUGGCCAUCACGGGGAAGAAGAGACAUGUGAUAGUGACCAGAAUUAGUCUGAGAAAACCCUUGUGACGCUGUCUAGUCCUCAGGGCAUCUUUGAGCAUUCCAAGGAGUCUUCCUUCGCCACGAGAACUAGUUCAACUCACUCUUACAGACUGAAUAAUCAGCCGUCUCUAAAGUGAAGCCAGUCUCUGUUUGAGUUUAUAUGCAUCAACUCUGUUCUUUAGAUUAGUUGUGCAUGGCAUAUAUAUAUAUAGGUUAUUUACCUUUUAACAUUUAACAAUCCUGGCACAGAUGAAAAUCUCCUAAUCGAGUUAAAGUACUCUUUGACUUUUCCCUUCAUCUUCCUCGUUCGUGGUUGAAACCUGAUUGAAUCGGAGCGAGCCUGCGCUGUGCACCAAUCACAGCAAGUCACCACACAGAGCUUUUUUUGUACGCCGUGUGUUUUUCUGUCGUCUGAAGUCCAUCUCCACCCCUCAUGAUAAGAUCCAGAGCGUUUAAACAGCAUCUUCUGCCAAAGGCCGCUCAACCUCAGGAUUUUAAAGAGUCUAAUCAAGAACGAUGAGUGCAUCCAAACUUCAGGAAAGCGAUCAAGUGAGAGUCGCACGCUCUCUACAUACAAAAGAGGAAGAGUUUUUAGUCAAAAGAAGAGAAACGGUUUUCCAAAGCCUGCGGAAACACGAGAUGCACAGCAAACAGAAUAAAGUGCCUCACAUUGCAUUAUUAAGUUCUGGAGGAGGACAGAGAGCCACGGUGGGUUUACUGGAAUGUCUGGUUCAGCUUGAUAAAGCAGGUCUUCUGGACUGCAUCCUUUAUCUGAGCGGAGUCUCUGGAUCCACCUGGUGCAUGGCCUCCUUAUACAAGGAACCAGACUGGUCCACCAAACUAGAGACAGUGAAAGACAACAUUGUCAAGAGACUCAGCGGUCCUAAAGUCAGCUGAGACGCAUGUAAAAAACUGAAGAAAUAUCACAAAGAGAAAGACAUCUUCAGCUUGACUGACGUCUGGGCGGCGGUGGUCGUCACAGCAUACAUGAAAGAGAUCGAUGAACAGACAAUGACCGACAAGAAGAACCAAAUCGGUAGAGAUCCGUUUCCCAUCUACACACUGACCGACACGCAAAGCAAGCAGGAGGGAGGAGACCCCUGGUUUGAGAUCAGUCCGUAUGAAGCGGGUUACUCCCUCACCGCGUUCGUGGACACCUCCAGCUUCGGCAGCAAGUUUGAGAACGGCUCCAAGAAAAAACAGCAGCCUGAAAUGGACAUGCUGUACCUGCAAGCUCUGUGCGGCAGCGCUUUAGCUGGAGAAGAGAGUAAAGAAUUCAUCUGGGGAAAAAUACAAGAUUUCCUUAAGCAAUCAAGACCCACGAAAGAAAUGAAUGUGUUUGAGGAAAUGAAGGACGAUCCAAACUUGCCAUCUGUAGAAAAGUGCUACCAGGUGCUCAUGGAUCUUGUGGACAUGAACGUCUGCGUUUUAAAUCUCAAAGACCCUUCUGCUCUCGAUCAGUCCAUCAGAACGACGCUGAGCGAACUCGCCGGGGGCAAAAGUCAGCUGAUUUUUCCAACGCAAAAACUGAAUCUCGCUGAUAAAAAAGCUGCAACACUGUAUAUGAAGCAAUACACUGAGGAUGUGUGUAAUUACUUGAGUCAGUUCAGUUUGGGGCCUUUCGAUAUUUUCUUGAGCAUUUAUAGAUGCAUGGCUCUGUGGAUCUGGGGCAGGAAUUAUAACUUCCUCCACAAAAUGACAGAUGAAUCCAUACCUUCCGCUUUUCUGGAAACUGAGACGAGAGACUUUGAGGAUGCAGGACUAUUACUCAACUCGCCUUACAUCUCCGUGCUGAGAAAGGAGCGCAGCAUCGAUCUCAUCAUUUCCCUGGAUUUCAGCGAAGGAGACCCUUUCAUGACGGUGAGAGAAGCCGCCGAGACGUGCAAGAAACUACAAAUCCCUUUCCCUGAAGUCAGUAUUCCCAGUGAAGACCUGGAGAAACCAAAGGACUUCUACGUGUUCAAAGGCCAAAACGCUCCAGCCGUGAUUCACAUCCCUCUGUUUAAUGUGACCAACUGUGGAGAUGAGAUUGAGGCUUGGAGGAACAAAUAUCGCACCUUUCAAGGACCUUACAGCGCUGAGAUGAUCUCUGAGCUUAUGGAGGUCGCUGGAAAAAACAUCUCAAACAACGUGGAGAAGCUGAAGGAGCAGAUUGGAGCGGUCGUCGGGUGAAAAGGACACUGAGGACAAUCUCAUUAUAGCAUAAAGCGUUCUGAAAUUAGACGGCCAAGUGUUUUUCUUUUUGUUGCUUAAAUUUAUGUUACACUUACACCUAAUACUGAAGGUAUACCUAGUAAGUUGUUCUUGAGUCAACUCAUUUUCAAGUCAUUUUAAUUUCAAGUCUGAAUGUGACUUGACCAAGUGAUAGUAUCUGAGUAAGACUUUUAAUUAGCGUUCUCUUUACAUUAACACCAUUCACAGAAGAGAUCACGGUUACAUGU